UCCUCUAUUACAUCUACUACAUCUACUUCCUCUACUACAUCUACUGCAUCUACUUACUCUACUGCAUCUACUUCCUCUACUGCAUAUACUUCCUCUACUGCCUCUACUGCAUCUACUGCAUCUAUACUUCCUCUACUGCAUCUACUGCAUCUACUUCUUCUACUGCAUCUACUUCCUCUACUGCAUCUACUUCCUCUACUGCAUCUACCGCAUAUACUUCCUCUACUGCAUCUACCGCAUCUACUUCCUCUACUUCCUCUACUGCCUCUACUGCAUCUACUUCAUCUACUGCCUCUACUGCCUCUACUGCAUCUACUUCCUCUACUUCCUCUACUGCAUCUACUUCCUCUACUGCAUCUAAAGCAUCUACUUCCUCUACUGCAUCUACUUCCUCUGCUGCAUCUAUUGCAUCUACUGCAUCUACUGCAUCUACUUCCUCUACUGCAUCUACUUCCUCUGCUGCAUCUACUGCAUCUACUUCCUCUACUGCAUCUACUUCCUCUACUGCAUCUACUUCCUCUACUUCCUCUAACAGUUCCUCAACUGCAUCUACUGCAUCUACUUCAUUUACUGCAUCUACUUCCUCUACUACAUCUACUUCCUCUACUACAUCUACUGCAUCUACUGCAUCUACUUGCUCUACUGCAUCUACUCCCUCUACGGCAUCUACUUCCUCUACUGCAUCUACUUCCUCUACUGCAUCUACUUCCUCUACUGCAUCUACUUCCUCUACUGCAUCUACUUCCUCUACUUCCUAUACUGCAUCUACUUGCUCUACUGCAUCUACUGCCUCUACUGCAUCUACUACAUCUACUACAUCUACUGCAUCUACUACAUCUACUACAUCUGCUGCAUCUGCUGCAUCUACUUCCUUUACUGCAUCUACUGCAUCUACUGCAUCUACUUCCUCUACUGCCUCUACUGCCUCUACUGCAUCUACUGCAUCUACUUCCUCUACUGCAUCUACUGCACCUACUUCCUCUACUGCAUCUACUGCACCUACUUCCUCUACUGCAUCUACUGCCUCUACUGCAUCUACUUCCUCUACUGCAUCUACUACAUAUACUGCAUCUACUUCCUCUACUGCAUUUACUUCCUCUACUGCAUCUACUUCCUCUACUGCAUCUACUGCAUCUACUUCCUCUACUGCAUCUACUGCACCUACUUCCUCUACUGCAUCUACUGCCUCUACUGCAUCUACUGCAUCUACUGCCUCUACUGCAUCUACUUCCUCUAUUACAUCUACUAUAUAUACUGCAUCUACUGCCUCUACUACAUAUACUACAUCUACUUCCUCUACUACAUCUACUGCAUCUACUUCCUCUACUGCAUCUACUUCCUCUACUGCAUCUACUUCCUCUAUUACAUCUACUACAUAUACUGCAUCUACUUCCUCUACUGCAUCUACUUCCUCUACUGCAUCUACUGCAUCUACUUCCUCUACUGCAUCUACUGCCUAUACUGCAUCUACUUCCUCUAUUACAUCUACUACAUAUACUGCAUCUACUUCCUCUAUUACAUCUACUACAUCUACUUCCUCUACUACAUCUACUGCAUCUACUGCAUCUACUUGCUCUACUGCAUCUACUCCCUCUACG